UAUGGAAAUUUUGGAUUCAAAUUAAGAUGACACAUUAAAUUAUGAAUAAAUAUUUGACGAUUAAAUAUUUAUGAUAAAUUUAAAAUAAAAACUUAUAUCAAUUUUAGAUUAAUUUCCAGGCAAAAAAAUAUUAUAUUUAGAUAAAAAGAUGCUAGAUUUAGUAAAUUUUAUAGUAUAAGCAAACACAUUAAAAGAUAAUGGAAUUAUAGAUACAUUUUAUUUAGAUUAAGAUGAAAGUUAUUCUGAAAUAAACUAAGUAAUUUUCUUCUUAUCUCCAUCAAUUGAACAUGUAAAAAGAAUUGCAAAAAUUAUUCACAGUGACUAAAGUAGAGGAUAAUAAAAGAAAUAUUGUAGUAUAUUUUCUCCAAGAAUAACAUCUUUAUGUCGUGAAGCAUUUGAAAAAUUAGGAGUAAUGAGUAAUAUAAUAAUAAAGAAUUUUAAUUUCGAUUUAAUUCCUUUAGAAUCAGAUUUGUUUUCUUUAGAAAUAAAUACAGUAAUUGAAGAUAUGUAUUUUGAUAAAGACCAAAGUAUUUUUUAACAAGUAGCUGAUUCUAUUUAAAGAAUCGAACUUUUAUACGGAAAGUCAAAAAAAGUUUUUGCGAAAGGACAUGCAGCUAAAGGUGUUUUGUAAGUACUUUUAAAUAGAGAAAAAAGUGGGAGAAUUUUCGAGGAUGAAGGAAAUGAUUAUUCUCUUUUAGAUUCUAUCAUAAUGAUUGACAGAACAUCAGAUUUAAUAAGCCCUUUAUGUACCCCUUUUACUUAUUAAGCAAUAGUAGACUAAAAAUAUUAAAUAAAUUAAAAUUUCGUGGAAGUUCCUGCAACUUUGUUUAAAGAAAAGGUACAAAAUAAUCAGGAAACUUGCCAAUUAUAUAUGAAUUCAAAUACAGAUGAAAUAUAUAAAUAAAUAAGAGGAAAAAAUGUAAAAUCUUGUCAAGGCUAUUUAUAAAAAAGAAGAGAUGAGUGUAAAAAUUAUAUCUAAUCUAAAAAAGAAAAUAUUCUAAAUAUUAGUUAGUAAGAAAGAGAAAUGUUCAUUAAAUAAUCUAAAAUUUUUACUUUUAUUUUAAAUCAUAUUGUUUUAGUUUGCGAUAUUAGUUAAAUGAUUGACUCUAUUUUAUUUGAUAAAAAUAUGAAGGCUGAAGUUAAUAUAAUCCUUUAAAAUAAUAUGGAAGAAACUCUUGAACACAUUGAUAACCUUAUUGCCUUUUAAUAUCCUUUAGAAGAAAUUCUAAGAUUAUUAGCUUUAUAUUCGUAAGUUGAAAAUGGAAUUAAAUAAAAAUAAUAUGACCAUUUCAGAAAAGAAAUCGUUGAGGUUUAUGGUAUUUAACAUCUAAUCACUUUAAAUAAAAUGCAAGAAAUUGGUCUAAUAAAAAAACAAGUUCAAAAAUCAGAAUGGGAAAAUUUAAGAACUAAACUUGAUUUAAUUAAUGAAGAAGUAGAUCUUGAUAAUCCUGAUGAUAUUUCUUAUGUUUAUUUAGCUUAUGCUCCUUUAUCGGUAAGGUUAGUUGAAUAAACAUUUAAAUAAGGCUAAUGGAAAGAUAUUUAAAAAGAAUUAGAAUAUUUAAAUGGACCUUCAAUGUUUUAAGCUUAAGAAGAUACUAAUUAAUCUAAGCGAAAAAAGCUAGUUCUUGUGUAUUAUGUAGGAGGAGUUACUUAUGGAGAAGUAGCAGCCUUAAGACUUUUAGCUAAAAAAUAUAAUAAAGAAAUUAUUAUCUGUACAACUAAUAUUAUUAAUAGCUAAAGAUUAAUAAAAAUGUUAAUGUGAAGUUUUAUAGUAUAUAUCUAAUUUCAUUUAAAAUUAAAAGGCAUAUAAAAUUGAUAUAUUAUUUGUAAAAAUCAAUAUUAAUAAAAAUAUUUAAAAAGUAUUUACUUG